UUUGAAACCUGUUACGUAGACGUUAGAUUUAUAGACGGCUUUCUGUGGCUUUUCUUAUCUCACUGUCUUAUCUUUUUUAUGUAUCCUUUUCUCCUUCAAUAAAGACCACCUCCAAACACGCUUGUCCUACGCCAUUUCCCUGGUUUCUACUGCAACGAGAUCGUGUACGACGGCCUUGUCUUCGAAAAUGCCACAUUGCAGCUCCUGGCAGAUGCCACGGACGACGCCAUCCUUCGGCAGCUGAACCACAUUCGAGACAGCCUGUUCCCCCAUUGGAAGGUAGUCGUCAAUGUCUUCACGGACGGCUUAUCGACAAAGCGAAUGCACGAAAAUGGAUCCAUGUUGCUGAACUCCCUGUUCACGUGGCUGGAGAGACGUCGCGUUGACGGCCUCAACUUCGAGCUCGACGGUGACGCCUUGCACGGGGACGUAGGCGCCGCUCUGGAAGUCGUGGCCUUUUUCACAUCUGUCUACCUCGACCACCGCAGGGGAAACCUCACGCUGUCCGCGAUGCUGCCCUACGGUGCCGCCGCGUUGUUUCACGAGGACCUCCCUUUCACACUGGACCGGAUAUUCAUCAAGACCCACGGCCUUCUGGACGAGUCGUCAGGAACAACCCAGCUGGCCGCUCCACUCGACUACGGGGGGUCGACACACCGCCUGCCGAAACGUCGCACCGUCAUGGGGCUGCUCGAAGAACUGGAGGACAGGCUCAGCACCAAGACCUGCUUCACGCUCGCCUUGUCCGGCACGGCCUUCACGCUCAGACAGCCGUCGCAACGAGACGUCGGCGACCCGGUGAAGCCAGGGCAGCCAGCGAAGGCCUCUUUCUCCGACGUGUGCGCUGUGGUGCCCGGGCGCGUCAAGAGGAUCGAGGAUGACGCCGCCUACACGGCCGAGAACCACACGUGGGUAGCGCACGAGGACCAGUUCACGGUCUUCGAGAAGGCAGCCAAGGUGCUCAUGCACUGGCGCUUCAUGUGCAUUGCGGCUGUCGACGUGGACUUAGACGAUGUGCGAGGGGAGUGCGGACGCACCUACCCGCUCCUGAGGCGUAUCUACGAGGCCUCCAGCGUGCUAAAGUACUCGUGACUUCGCUAUGCCCCGGAGGAGGGAAAGCUAUUUUUUUACUUGA